CACAAGCAUCUUGUCAUUUUGUCCAGGAUCUCUGAUAACAUUGCUAGCCAGACAGUUAUUAGUGAAUUUUUUUCGCGAAGUCAGUGGUCGAUAUUUGUGCAAAAUAUUCAUUUUCUAUCGCUUGAUGUUGUUAUGGUAGUUGCUUUUUAAGCGAACGUUUUACAUUUCAAAUCGUAGACCGAGGAAUGAGUGAUUUUCAUUUAGGAAUAACAUGUCGAUAACAUUAGCUAGCUAGGCGAAGUAGCUAACGUUAGCUACUGUUAUUAUCUAGCUCUUUGUUUUGACUGUGAUGGUCUGAUGAUGUUGAAUAGCUUGGACAGCUGCUGGGGGCUCGAUAUAGUAUUCGUAUGAACAGACAUAUUAUAUUUUAAUGGGUUGUUAAACAGUAGUUAAUGUGUAAUACCGUUACUUCUGUAACGAGUGGAGGAUACAUGUGGUUGUAAACUAACAAUAGUAAGUUUACAAGCUAGCUACUAUAGCUAGCUAAACAACGAGGGGCUGAGAAGAGGACAUGGGCAAUUGUCUCAAAUCGCCGACGUCGGACGAUAUAUCUUUGCUUCACGAGUCUGACAGAGGAAGUUAUGGGGACGCAGACGCGGAUUUGGAGCCACCUCCGCCUUACCAGGAGCAGGCUCACAUGCCGGUGUACCACCCCACCCCCAGCCAGGCCCGCCUGGCCACCCAGCUGACUGAGGAGGAGCAGGUCCGUAUCGCCCAGCGUAUUGGCCUCAUCCAGCAUCUUCCCCGGGGCGUCUAUGACGGAGGCCGGGACGGCUCCGAGAAAAAAAUCAGAGAGUGUGUGAUAUGUAUGAUGGACUUUGUGUACGGGGACCCCAUCCGGUUCCUGCCCUGUAUGCACAUUUACCACAUGGACUGUAUAGAUGACUGGCUGAUGAGGUCCUUCACCUGCCCCUCCUGCAUGGAGCCUGUGGAUGCUGCCCUGCUUUCCACCUACGAGACCAACUGACCCCUAAGACAACCCUACCCCAUUAUGAUGAGCUCCGCCUAGCCGCACCCCUACAAACACACACACAAACACACACACACACACACACACACACACACACACACACACACACACACACACACACACACACACACACACACACACACACACACACACACACACACAUUCUACAACCAUCACAGACUUCUUACAGCGCCACCUCCACCAGCCCCAACAAAUACAUACACACGCUGCCCUCCUCCCCUCCGCUUUUAACUUUGGGAUAAAAAGUAGCAUGGUGUCUUGGUCGGUGAUGACAUAGAGAGAGAGACUAUGCGAACACUAGUGAUUAACAAUGAAAAGACUUUGACCCAUCCACCCAUCACCUGGAACUGGCUCUGAACUGAACAGGCUGAGUCAUGGAGGACAUAGGAGGACAAGCAUGCAAAAUAUGUUUGUGUGUCUGUGGUGGACUGGGUUCCUGAGCCAGCUGUUGAAUACAGUAGGCCUGGGUUGGUGAUGUUAUGGUGGGAAGGAGGGGGGGGGGGGCUGUUACACUGCAUUUCCACUUGAGCAGGUCUCGGUGGUAUCCCAUCCCAGCAAAUUGUUCACCAUGAUUAGUAGUUGGGAAUGGGAUUGGAUAAUUCUCUGUAGUCUGAAUUUGGCCACCAGGAGGUAUCCUAUCAGAUUCCUUUAAAAGCCACAGCUGGCAACACGAUGACAUGACUUAUCUGUCUUCUAAAGUCUCCAAAUCCUGCACUCUGAAUAUGGCUUAGUAAGGGUAAAAAAGCCCCAGGAAAGCCGGCAUGGUGGCGUAAUAAUAGGUAUCUCUCUAUGGACUGAAGCUUACCCUGUUUUAGUGUUACAGUUGCAAAGUAAAAUAAGUUACAGAGCAUAGUAUUCUUUAGGCUUACAACAAUGUAACUAUGGUAUGCACAUACACAGUGCAGAAAUCACCCAAAGUCCAUCCUUUAUUAGACUGUAUACUACAUGCAUUAGCUUUUGUUUUGCCAUUCAGAUUUACCAUUCGAAAUAGCUCCACUGCCAUUCCGAAUGGCCUAAAGAAGUGUAUGAGCUGUAUGUCAGUCACCCUGUGUAAGGUUAAUAUGUUUUACUUUUAGAGGAUUAACAUAGCUGUCAGCCAAUGUAAAGGGCUCAUUUGUGCAUGUGGUGGAGGAUCAGUCUAGAAGUUAGGAAUGCUUGCACACACAUUAAAUCUGAUCCCGAGAUUUGCACUUUACUUAUAGGACAUUAACGGAAGCAUUAUGUUAAUAUAUAUAUAUAUCUAUAACCUUGCACUUUUCAAUAUUAUUUAUUAUUUUUGCAGCACAGAAGUUAGGAUUGAUAUUGAUAAUGGUAUCAAUGCUACCAUUGGUCACUUGUCACAUUAAAGAAAAGCUCAAUAGCUGAAUAUACA